GCUUCAAACUCACAGACAAACAGCGCUUUACUACGAGUCGAGCAGCACGCAUGACAACAGAAACCUCCCCAGAAACUAUGUAUCUAUCCUGAGAGCAAACCGUGAGAGGAUUUCACUGGGGUCGGUACGAACUGCUUUUUAAGUUUUCUCCCUGAAAUAACUCGAGAGAAAACACUCGUGGGAGAGAAAAGACAUUUUGAAAUCUUCUGCUUCUUCUGUGGAGGAGGAUUUCUUGGUGAAAAGGUGAAGAAGCGAAGAAAAAGCACCGCCGGCAGCGUCGAAGAAGUUCGUUUAUGGAAGAAACCAAAAAACACACACACAAACACCAGAAGAGGAGCAGAAAAUAAGUUGUUUUAGUGCGCGAGGAGCCGUUUCUCUGUAUGUUUUGUGUUCAGUGUCAGACUGAGAAGACUCAUCCUUGGUUUAUAGCUGCUGGUGUCUGGCUGUAAUACUCAGAGACCAAUAAAAGCCUUGGAGAGGACGGGACAUCGCUGAGUGGCGGGUGCAGAUUUUCUCGCAGUGUGGAGCUGCUGCUGCUGCUGACUGAAUGCAGAGGAAACACUGAAAGCUGUUCUCCACACCUCCCUGCAGCUCCAGGGGAGAUUGUCAGAUGUGUACCCAGCACUCAAAGCCCCUGGCCUGGCCGCGGGGAUGGCAGCGUCUGCCCUAAACCUCAACGGCCUUGGAGUCAUGAACAGCAGUAAUCAGUUUCACACACAGCCAGGCUCCUCUAGCACCACCUCUCGAACUAGAACCAGUCCAGUCGGUCGACCUGUGCUGCCGGUUCCAGAUCGGAGCACCUACUGUCAGUUACUGGGCGGAGGAGCGCCGGGUGGAGGCCCCUACGGCCCAACCAGCCCAAAGACAAGCCCUCGAGCCCUGGGUCGAACCUUUGUCUUUCCCCCUUCGUCCUCGCUCUCCCCCAGCCCUACCCCUCGCGCUCGAUCCCCCUCCCCGCGCAGCCCAGAGCUCCUAGGAGUCAAUGUGGGCCAGCGUGUCCGACGACUGAGCUCGCCCGGCUGUGAGGAGAGAGGGGAAGGAGAAGGGCAGGAGGAGAGGGGAGGAGAGACGGGAGGAGGAGAGAGGCGAGAGGACAGGAGACGCCAGGCACAGCAGCUGCAGAUACACAGAGAGCUGCAGAACGUUGAGGUCAGGGGAAAAGUGGGCAUUUUCGAGGCCCACAUUUCCGGAAUUCGUGCCCAAGUGCUUAACACCGAGCUCCAACGCAGCCCUCGCUCCCCAAGACGAUCCACUAGCCAAACCCCCUCUAAACCCAGCCAACAAAACACAGCCACUGAAUGUCCAAUGACCCAUCUGCAGGAGAGCAAAGUUCCCUCAGUUGUCCAAAAUGGAAAAGAAAGGGAGGAAGAAUCUAUGGAAAUAGAAAGGAGAGAAGAAGGAAGGAAAGAAGACGAGAAGGACAACAGUGCUACUAAAACAAACACAGAGAACAAGACACUGAUUGGUCAAAAUGGCCGGCAUUCAGACACAACAAUGCAAACUCCCUGUUUAGACGGACCAUUUGUUGAUCAGGGUUCCCUUGAGACAUUAAACCCAGAUGCAAGAACGGACAGAGAGAGAAAAGAGAGAGAAAGACUGACAGAAAUGGAGGGAGAAAAAGACAAAGGAGCGGUAGUAAAUAAUCAAAUGUUGGGAGACGGAAGAGAACGGACAGAGAGAGAAAUGAGGAAUGAGAAAGAGGACCGGUUGUGUCCUGAGAUGCAGCUCCAGACGGAAGCAAACAGGUUGAAGGUUAACCCAGAAACCGAUGCUUGUCCUCGAGGACAAAGCAGUGAGAUCACCCCUGGUUUGCUGGACUCCUAUCACACCUCUAACAACUCUCCCUCCAUCCCUCCCUCCAUCCCUGCAGUCAUAAUAACUGACCACGGUUUGGAAAGCCAGCCCCAAUCUUCUGAAGGCCCUGGCUCUGACCAGGGACUAGGCUGCAUCCCUAGCCCAGGUGGUAGCCCUGCCCCCGGGCCCAACUCCUCCACCCGCUCCCUCAGGAAACUGUCGUCCUCCUCUGCCUCCUCGGCUGGUUUCUCCUCGUCUUGGGAAGAGUCGGAGGAGGAUAUUUCCAGCGAUACAGAGAAAGGAGAGCAGCUUCUCAACCCUGCAGUUCUCACUUCUCAACAGAAAGCACACAAGUCUUGGAAGAAGAUUAAAAACAUGGUCCACUGGUCUCCAUUUGUCAUGUCCUUCAAGAAGAAAUAUCCCUGGAUACAACUGGCUGGACAUGCAGGGAGCUUCAAGGCGGGAGCCAACGGCCGUAUAUUAAAAAAACACUGUGAAUGCGAGCAGCGUUGUUUGUCCCUCCUGAUGAGGGACGUACUGCGCCCGUACGUCCCUGGUUACCAUGGAGACGUAGAGAAGGACGGUCAGAAAUACAACCAGAUGGAGGAUCUGCUGGCUGAGUUUGACUUCCCGUGUGUGAUGGACUGUAAGAUGGGAGUGAGGACCUACCUUGAGGAAGAGCUGACCAAGGCUCGCAAGAAACCCUCGCCAAGACCCGACAUGUACCAGAAAAUGAUCGAGGUGGAUCCUGAGGCGCCUACGCCCGAGGAAAACCUCCAGAAAGCGGUGACCAAACCCAGAUACAUGCAGUGGAGAGAGACCAUAAGCUCAACAGCCACCCUGGGAUUCAGGAUAGAAGGAGUCAAGAAGGAGGACGGAACAGUGAACAGAGAUUUUAAGAAAACGAAGACGAGAGAACAAGUGACUGUAGCCUUCCAUGACUUUGUCAAAGGAAACAAGGACAUACUGAACGGUUAUCUAAACAGGCUGAGUGAAGUCAGAGACACUCUGGAGAUCUCCCCGUUCUUCAAAACCCACGAGGUGAUUGGCAGCUCCUUGUUAUUUGUUCAUGACAGUACGGGAAGGGCCAAAGUCUGGAUGAUCGACUUCGGGAAAACCACGCCUCUUCCCGACGGAGAGGAACUAACCCACCGAGCACUGUGGAUGGAGGGCAACAGAGAAGAUGGUUAUCUUUCUGGACUUGAUAGUUUGGUGGACAUUAUUUUAACCAUGGUGAACUCUGAGACUUGAAGUCUGAGGGUUUGCAAAAAACAAACAUUUGGACACACAACAACCACUUCCAUUCAUAUUUCCUUUUUCUCGGGAACACUUUGGACCUCCUCACGGAUUCCUACACAGACGUUUGUCCUCAUGUUGGAAGCCACAUCACCCCAUAACAAUGUGUGGCCAAAUUCAUUAAGGGAUACAACCUUUCCAUUCAUAUCCGGCGGACUUCAGGAUGCCGCUCUUUCCUAUCCAUAUCCCUUUUGGUGUGAUCUUUAUACCUUAGAGAGCUGCCGUAAUGGGCCUUUUUCACAGCACACAUUUUAACUUUAAACAUUAAAGAUGACUCCGUUCCAUUAAGUCUCCCAGUUAAGCUAUUCCUGUGAGUCAGCAUUCACAAUAUGUGUUUUUUCUGCUUUGAAGUUGAAAUGUCUGCUGUGUAAAAAGGUAUUCUUACAUGGAUUAUACCUGCAUGAAAACUCUUUUAAGACAGCAAAAAAGGUAUCCAAAUUGAAGAAUUAGGCUAUUGAUAUUCAAUGUUUUGUUAUAAACAAAUCCCCCCAAAAAAAAACAAGACAAAA